AUGAACAAACAACAAAAACAAGAACAAGAAGAAGAAGAAGAAGAAGAAGAUAAAGAAGAAGAAGAGGAAAGCAAUAAUUUAAUAUUAUUACCAAACCUACCAUUCUUGAUACAAGCAAAAAUAUUUGGAUAUGUAAACGAGAUUGGUUUGGACUUGGUUUGUUCGAGAUUCUUUAAACUUGCAUCAUCAAUCUUUACAACACUAGACUAUCGAUUGAUAAAGAGAGAAUGCAACGUAUACGAUCAUCUUCUUCAUCCUUAUUGUGCUUUGAAAAAGAUUAGUCAUCUCGUCAUAUCAAAUGUAGAUUGUCUUCUCUUGGGCCAUGAUAAACCUACAAUUGAACUAGGUCAAGGUGAUAAUGCAUCUAUUUAUAGUGACUUUAUCAAAGAUAACGAUGAAGACGAUGACUUUGAUGAAGAUAUGGAUGAAGAGGAGUAUUUUAAGAUAAUCGAUGCAAAAUGCAAGAGCAUUCAUUGUCAUGGUUGUUAUGCAAGCUGUUUGGAUAUGGACACUAGUCAACGUAAACAACGAUACCCCAAUCUUGUUAGUGUUUAUGGUGGUUAUUGUGACGCUCUCAUGGAUUGGGCCUAUUUAAAGCAAAUUAUAGUUGUAUGCCCUUCUUUGGAAAUCGAAAAUGAUUUCAAUAUUACUUUGGUACUCCAAAGACAUUUAAAUUGGAUUCAAACAUUCCAAGUUACUGCGUGCUUGCAAGAAUACUCAGAGGAAAAUAAAAGGUCAAUGAUCAAAGACCUUCAAGAAACAAUCAACAAGAUGAAAAGUAAUAGGCCCACUGAAAGAGUAGAAUCAUUUAUUCAAUUUUUUGAUAAAAACGAAUACCAAGUACAUUCUUGUUCAAAUCCAAUACAACCAAAAACUUAUUAUUUCGAUGAUGACAAUAAUACUUUACAAUCAUUGUUAUUGGAUAAUGACAAAGAAAGAAAUGUUGUAAAGCUUUAUGUCAAUGUUCAAUAA